UCAUGAGGUAUUUGAGGUGUGAAUGCUUAUUAACAUAUUUCUUGUUUCCAAGGGUGGGAGAGGUCUGCUGUGUGAAUUGGUCAUUACAAUGUGUGACAAGCUUGGUAGGAGCAUCCUGUGUUCAGUAUUUUGUCCAUUUGAGUACCUUGAAAAUGCUUUGCAUGCAUUUUUCAUGAUGAAAAAGGUUCUGGACAGCUUCGGGAACUGGGGAAAUGGAAGAGUUAAAAAAUUUUUUCAACUGCAAACACUUACAAACCGUUUUGUGUUUUAAACGCUCAUAAAAUCGACUGCUGAAUGCAAGUUUUCUG